AUGAAACCUAUAGGAGGCCGGUGUAGGAUUGACAUGAAACCUAUAGGAGGCCAGUGUAGGACUGACAUGAAACCUAUAGGAAGCCAGUGUAGGAUUGACAUGAAACCUAUAGGAGGCCAGUGUAGGAUUGACAUGAAACCUAUAGGAGGCCAGUGUAGGAUUGACAUGAAACCUAUAGGAGGCCAGUGUAGGAUUGACAUGAAACCUAUAGGAAGUCAGUGUAGGAUUGACAUGAAACCUAUAGGAAGCCAGUGUAGGAUUGACAUGAAACCUAUAGGAGGCCAGUGUAGGAUUGACAUGAAACCUAUAGGAAGUCAGUGUAGGAUUGACAUGAAACCUAUAGGAAGUCAGUGUAGGAUUGACAUGAAACCUAUAGGAGGCCGGUGUAGGAUUGACAUGAAACCUAUAGGAGGCCAGUGUAGGAUUGACAUGAAACCUAUAGGAGGCCAGUGUAAGAUUGACAUGAAACCUAUAGGAAGCCAGUGUAGGAUUGACAUAAAACCUAUAGGAGGCCAGUGUAGGACUGACAUGAAACCUAUAGGAAGCCAGUGGAGGAUUGACAUGAAACCUAUAGGAGGCCAGUGUAGGAUUGACAUGAAACCUAUAGGAAGCCAGUGUAGGAUUGACAUAAAACCUAUAGGUAGCCAGUGUAAGAUUCACAUAAAUUGA